AUGAAUGACACACACACACACACACACACACUCUUCAGCAGUCUCAUCAUGGACGUCCGGUGGAUCUGCAGAACUUUGAGUCUUCUGUUACCUGUUUUAGGAGCAGCCCUCGGUUCCGGAGAGGACGGCUGGUCCAUGAAGGUGCAGUCGGAGGUCCGAGCCAUCGAGAGCUACCCAGUGGUGCUGCCAUGCACCUUCAGCCACCCGCAGCACUCCCAGCAUUCCUCCCUGCAGGUGCUGUGGCGUCUGGGCCACGGCCAGGGCGCCAUUGUCCUGUACCGCUGCACCAGCCGGCCCGGGACCCCCACCUGUGAACCGGGUCCCCAGCAGGACCAGCGCUACCGGCUGGAGGGCAACCCGAGGGAGCACGACCUGUCGCUGCGGAUCAACAGUGCCACCCUGCAGGACAGCGGGCGCUACUACUGCCGAGUAGAGGUUCAGGGACGAGAACACGUCAGCUUCGAGGACAAGAUGGGGACCAGAUUGAGGGUGGAGGCUCCUCCAAAGAUCCUGGCUGUGUCGGUGGAGGGCAGUGAGCUGUCCGGGUUCAGAGCCCUGUGUCGGGUCCAGGGCUCGCCCCUCCCGGACGUCCAGUGGCUUGGCCCGGACGACCUGCUUGAGGGUUCUCUGGUCAGUCCGCUGGCUCAGGGCUCGGCGGCUCACUACCACACCGUCAGCCAGCUGAGAGACGUGGAGCCGGGCCAGCAGUACACCUGCAGCGCCUCCAACCCACUGGGCAAAGAGCAGGCCACCCUGUAUGUCCUGCCCCCCCAACCACCGCCGUACGUGAGCGGGGCGUCGCCUCCUCUCCUGCUCCUCCUGUCUGUGUCUUUGGGGGCAAAAGUCGUCCUCCUGGUGGGGAUGGGGGUGUGGGUGGUGCAGGCUGGAGCUCUGCAGUCGGUCAGCUGCUGGUGGAAGUAACCUGCUCUCAGAUCAGUUCAUGUGUGUAGCAACACUUCAGUCCCUUAUGCAGCAGGUAUACUCAGUAUAGACACAUUUAAUACAUGUUUAUUAAUGUAUUUGUUAACAACUUUAACUCCUCAUGGACGGAGAGGCCGCUUUAUAAACAGAUAAUGAAUGACAAUAUAAUAAAACACAGUCGUAAUAAUAUGAAAUAUGUCUUCAUGGGAGAAGUUGUAACUGCUGACAAAUACAGCACAUUAAUAAACACUUUAA